CGUGAACUGACGAGAUAGAUGGGUGUGGGAGGGGGAUGCUAGCAGCUGAUUGUGUUAUGCUGCAGCGCGACGUUUUCGACGUUCGUAGCAGGUUAGGGGGGCGUGCGGCGUUUUUCUCGGUGUCAAUUUUCCAUAAAAGAAUAAUUUGUUUAAUGUUUUCGUGUUAACGGUUUGUGAAGGAGUGAACUAAUGCUCAGGUCUGCCAUUUUGCGUUUAUGUAUUGAUCUUAUUUGAAGUGAUUUGGAGCAAGUGCCAUUUGGAGUAAAUGCCAAUCUUUUCGCCCAUGUCUUAUCAUAUUAAGUCUUGAAUUUAUGACCUAGUUUUAAAAGUAAAAACUCUUCCUCUUUUACAACAGAAAGAUAACAUAGUGCAGUAACCAUGCCAGGCAAAGUGAAGGUAAAAAUAUUAGCUGGGCGCAAUUUGCCUGUAAUGGACAGAUCCAGUGAUACAACUGAUGCUUAUGUGGAAAUAAAAAUGGGUAAUACCACUUACAAAACAGAUGUCUUUCGAAAGUCACUCAAUCCAGUUUGGGAUUCAGAAUGGUAUCGUUUUGAGGUGGAUGAUGCUGAACUUCAAGAUGAACCACUCCAGAUUAGACUCAUGGACUAUGACACUUACUCGGCAAAUGAUUCAAUUGGAAAAGUAUACCUCGAUUUGAACCCACUGCUCUUGCCUCCACCUCCCACUGUUGGGAAAAUCGCAGGUGGCACAGAUCCACCCAGUUCUGGGUCAGCUCCUGCAGGAACAGUUUUCUCAGGCUGGAUUCCUGUUUUUGACACUAUGCACGGAAUAAGAGGAGAAGUUAACAUUAUUGUGAAGGUUGAACUAUUCUCCGAUUUUAACAAAUUUCGUCAGUCUUCUUGUGCACCUGUUAUUCCCAGUGGGUACCAUGUUCAAGUUGUUCAUGGCUUUGUGGAAGAAUUAGUUGUGAAUGACGAUCCAGAAUACCAGUGGAUAGAUAAAAUUCGUACACCUCGUGCAUCCAAUGAAGCACGACAGACACUAUUCUUCAAACUUUCUGGGGAACUGCAACGUAAAAUUGGAUUAAAGGCAUUGGACCUGGGUGGCAAUUCGGUCAUAGGAUACAAUCAGUGCUUUGACUUAGAAGGAGAGUCGGGAAUUGUUGUCCGGGGUAUCGGUACUGCAGUGACCCUCACCAAAGUGCAAGAACUCAACCUGCCAUCUAGUGCACAACUUGAUGGGACAGAGGAGGUGUGUUCUACAUUGUGGGAAGCACCUUCACUUCGCUGUGGGGAGCCCAUGUUGCAGGAUAGCAGUGAACCGGCUGAAGCUCUGUUCCUCCUCAGGCAGGCGGCGGUGGCGGACGACCAUCACCUGCACGAGCGCGGCUCGGCGUCGCCGCCGGCGCUGCCGCCGCCGCCGCCUCCGCCGCCACCGCCGUCUCGGUCGCUGCCGCCGCAGCCGCCGCCGUGGCCGCCGCCAAAGUGUCGCCAUCUCCCGCCAAGCUCUGCUCUCUGCCGGCCAUAUGCCGCCGGUCGUCCGACUCGGACCUCAGCAUCACGCCUAAAGGAGGAGGAGGAGGGUGGGGCGGGGCCGGAAGGCGCCGGGCCUGCGGGCGCUGACGGCGAUGGCGCGCGCCGCUCCCCUUCCGGCGCAGGGAACAGCCUGACGGGUAGCGACCGCUCGUCGACGGCUGGGCUGCAGCUGCGCGCGCCGCUCGCCACGCCGCGAACCGCCCUCAACCAGGAGAGCCUCGACAUGAUGGAGUACCCAUUCCUCACUAUGACCAAGUACCCGCCCGGCUUCAUCUUGCACAUCGGCGGGCUAGUGAACUCGCGCUCGGUGAAGCUGCUGGAGCGCAUCAGCAACCUGGAGGAGCCCGAGUCGCGCGACGCGUGGUGGACGGAGCUGCGCAUGGAGGUGCGGUCGCACGCGCGCGCGCUCGCCUGCAACGUGGUGCUGGGCUACGAGGAGACGACGAGCAUCUGCGACGACGUGUGCGUGCUGAGCGCGGCCGGCACCGCGGCGGUGGUGGCGCUGGGCGCCGCGGCCGACCCGCCGGCGCCCGGCACGGGCCCCGGCUCUACCGUGGGCGUCGGCGUCGACGCCGCCGCGUUCGCCGCUGGACGGCAGGCGGUCGCGGCCGCCGCGGCUGCGGCAGUCGCGGCCAUGGCGGCGGGUACCCAGCCUCAGCCAUUAUUUUUCAAACACAAUUCCCUUCCCAAUUUUCCAGUAUUAGGACUGUAUAUUUAUUUCGAAUUAUUUCGUUUAAGUUGGUUGACAUUCAAUUACCUUAAUUCUGCUUAUCUUGUCAUUUAUGCGUUCCCUCAUUUUCUCAGCAAAUAUUCUAUAACGCUGAACAUGAAAUUUGGACACUCUUCUAGUGUUUUCUUUGCUUUUCAUGUG